AUGGAAGAUGACACAAACAUGGCUCAAGAACAAGAAGAUCAAUCAAGAAACAAUGGUAUCAAUGGUGGUAGAUCUACUAGAAAGCCAAAGCAAAAGAAGGUUCCACAAAGAGGUCUUGGUGUAGCACAGCUUGAAAAGAUACUAGAAGAACAACACAUGAAAGAUGGUGUUGUGAUUUCACCUUCCAAAAAUUCAUCAACAUCUUCAUCCUCACCAACAACUAUAUCAUCUUAUUUGCCUCUUCCAAUCAACAAUUUUAACCAUUCAAAUGUAAAAGAUGGUUCUUUCAUUUUACCAUCACAGAAUUCUUCUUCUUCAUCAUCAUCAUCACCGUCGUCAACAACCAUAUCAAACUAUUUGCCUCUCCCGAUUACCAAUUACAAUCUCGUGAACCAAAAUUCUUCUCCUAGUCCUUUACCUUUGCCACAACUCGAUUUUAGAUCUCCAAUGUCACUGCAACAUUUGGAUGGUAAAGGUUCUGGUACUGUUCCAUUGAAUGUGCCUAAGUUUUGGAGCUCUCGUGAGUUGGAUUUUGAGAAGGAGAGUUUUGGUAUGGAACAUGGAUUGCCCUUUGUCCCUAGUUUGCCUUUUGAUUCUAAUACAAUUUGGCCUCUGCCUAAUUGGGUCCAGAGAUCACAAUUUCAUCAUCAAUCUUCUUCACAAGUGGUGAAUAAUUCAUCAGGAACUUCAUCCUCUCAUGUGCCUCAGUUGUCAAUUGAGCCCCCUUCAAACCAAAAUAGUACUAGCAACGGUACGCCGAUCAGGUCGGCGGAGAAGAUGAUGGUUGGCAUGAAAAGGCCAUAUCCUUUCUCCCUGGAUUUUUCACAAACACCUCUAAAUUAUAAGUUGUCCUCCAUUGGUCAAGUAAGUACAAAUGGAAGAACUUCGUGUGAGAGUGAAAGUGGAUUUCAUCUUGAUGCUGCCAUUUCAAAUUCCAGAGAAUCUCAGUCUUGUUCAGCCUCCAACUCUGAUCCAAAGUCGAUGAAAAAAGAUAAAGGGAUUAAGGAAUUUGAUGGAAGUUUUCUCUCUUUGGCUCCUCCAACACCUCCCGCUUCAUAUGCAGUUUCACCGUCAAAACCACAAGAAUCCCCCGAGAAAAAUAUCGAAGAUCAAUUCUCUAUUCCAGCGGGUUACAAACUAGUCAAACAACAGAAGCAACCUACAUACAGCUUCAUUCCAGCACAAAAUGGACAAACAACAUCCAGAAAUCAAAAUGGUCACGAAGUGGAAGAAAUUAUUGAUCUAAAUUUGAAGUUAUAG